CCUAAAUACCUCAAUCGAACUAAGAUUUGUAUGCUCCUACGACAAGUCAAAUACACCUUUUGUUCCUUCUCCCCCCACAAUGAUAUAUCAAUCACGGUAAUUUCUUCCCAGUAUUUGGAGGUCGCGGAAGUCAAAUGUGGCUUCAUACUCAACUCCCAAGACAGCCGCUGGCGCAUGCGCCAACGUUAUCGUCCCUGCAAAAGUGAUCACCCCCAACUAGCCUACUACACAUCGUGCGUUCUGCAAUAUGCAGCCUGUCACCGCACUACAUUUCCUGCACUUCAGAUAUCGUUCGUGAACAGUUCCAUCAGACACUACUCACUAUGCCAUAAUCAUUUGCUGGGCUUUCUAUAAUGUCAUAAGCGAUAGGGUAGUCUUUCAUUGACAAGUUACAAUGUGCGAAUAGCUUAUCUACUCGAGUGAGAUAAAUACAUCGGCAGCGUAGGUGAUUCCAGAUGACGUCCUGUCAUUUCAGGGACGUUUCGUUAAUUCGUGAACCUCGCUGUAUCUUAAUGAACCUGUAACAUAGUGCUCAUUGCUGUCGGGCUGUGCAUCCGGCCUUAGCACACUCAAAUCCUGAAUCCUGAAUCCGCCGCCGCUUAUAGUAGAAACCAUGGGAAUUAAAU